UGGGCACAGCCGGCUGCAAAGCUGCUUUUAGACGUUAAUGCUAAAAAACUAGCUAGAGCGGGAAGGCAAAUGCAAAGCAGAGGGGAAAAGAUGAAAUGAAAAAAGAGUGAGAGAAAAAAACGGUGGGCAGGCGGAUUGCUAAGAAGACAAAGCUCCUCAGUUGGAGAGGCUUCAGUAGAUUUAAAGCGAGAAGAGCAGAGGGGGCGACACGAAGGCGCAGCGACCACACCGGAGGCUGCACAAAAAGCAGAGGGGUUUGCUGAAUGGAUGAAAGAUCUCAGACUAGGAUCGCGCAUCUGGGACUCUCCGAAAAGCUGUCAUCGUGGAGCCCUCGUUCAAAACGGACAGAACAGAAAUGACUCUCUCCAGUGCCCCCCCAAUUCGACGGGGCAGCACUCCAUUACCCCUGAAGCACCAAUUAAAGCGUGAGUCUGCUGUUGUCAAUGAAGAGUUUGAUUGGACGCCCGAACUUACUGGUCCUACGCCACCACCAAUCCAGUUUUCGUCGGCAUCUGAAGAGUCGAUUGUGGCCGGAAAGAGUGAAAUUCCUUCAGCAGAUUGGGCCAACAAUGGUUUGAUACGAGUCUUGCUUCUGGGUGAAAGUGGAGUUGGAAAAACGGCUCUGACUUGUGCCAUUACUGGAAACAAUGGCAGAGCUACCUCUGUGGACUCAGAAAAUGUUACAGAGGACAGCUAUGAAAAGACCAUUUUAAUGGAUGAUGAAGACAUCACCAUCACUUUUAUCGAUGACUGGAAAAAGGACCUCUCACUUUUGACCUUUGAUAUCUGUCUUCUCAUUUUCUCGCUCACUGAUCGACAAAGUUUUCAUUAUGCGGUCGAGCUGCGCCUUCGAGUCAGAGAGGCUCAUCCGCAGUGUCCUAUUAUCCUUGUGGGUAAUAAGAGUGACCUGGUGAGGUCACGAGAAGUCACUUAUGAAGAUGCCAGUGCCAACGCCACCCUUUUCCAGUGCCAAUACUUUGAAACGUCAGCCGCACUUGACCACAAUACAUUUCAGCUGCUUGAAGAGGUAGUCAAGAGACUCAGAAGCACAGAAAGGAUGGGUCUUAUUUCUUCACCACAUCGCCGUCGAGGGAGACGCCGAGAAAGCAUUACCCGGAAGGCCCGCCGUUUUCUACAGAGUCUUGUGCCAAGGAAUACUGCCACUGGAGGAAGGUUCUUCCGUCAGAAAUCUCGGUCCUGUCAUGAUCUGACUGCUAUUUAGAAAUUUGUACACAGCAUAAUAGUUUAAAGUAUAAAAUGUUUCUGCUAUCUAGAGUGGACAGGAAAAGGAAGAGGCCACCCUCUUCAGUAUAUUUUGAGUUGGAGAUGAAAGGAAAUGGGUGUCUGUUUUCAUUCUUUAAAUGAACACGAACACGAACAGCAGCUACUUUUAGUGUUUUUUUUAUGUCAAAUCAGGAAUUGGACUGUAAACAGCAUGCAUAUAUCACGACA